UGAUGUGGAAUAAUUCCAACUUCAAUGAUGUUGUGAGUGAAUUGUACACUCAUCACAAGUUGACAGCACAACUAACAACUGAAGAAAUGAACUUUUUUCCAACGUGUCUGCUGUAUUAAGCACAAGUGGUUUCAAUCAUAGUGCACUCGCACAAAAAUUUGCGUGACUAGAUGUUUCAACAAUAAUAUAUCUUACCUCCACGAAUUUUAAGCGUCACACUUGUUUAAUGGCUGCAUAUGCCACUAUAUUCAAACCUUAUCUUCAUAGAAGCCAGUCUUCUUUCUAAACGAUCUUCCCAAGAGUCCAUCUCUUCCUGGUAUGCAUUGCCAGUUGGAUCAUAUAAUGGCGAACAUAUCCCAUCAUUUCAAAGAUAAACUCUGAUCUGCAUCCGCUUCUUCUCACUUCCAUUCGUCUGCUUUUGAACACUUGACUAACGGCUAUGCCAUGGAUACAUGCUCAGCCUAUAUUUUUCUCCUCACUUUGAUUCAUCUGCUUUCGCGUAUCUCAGGGCAUGAUUUCCUCUCGGCAGGCUCGUCCCUCUCCGUAGAGCACAGCUCCGAUAUGCUCCACUCGCCAGACGGCACUUUCACCUGUGGCUUCUACAGCAUCUCCCCCAAUGCCUCCACCUUCUCCAUUUGGUUCUCCAACUCAUCUGAAAGAACCUUCGUCUGGAGCGCGAACCCUCUCCAUCCUGUGUAUACCUGGGGAUCCAAAGUCAAGUUAGACGUUGAUGGGAGCAUGGUUUUAAAAGAUUACAAUGGCCAGAUUGUCUGGACCAACAAUGUGAGUGUUUCUGAUGCCGUACAUGUUCAAGCUCAGCUCUUAGACAAUGGAAACCUCAUUGUGAAGGGCAAAGGCGCCACCAUUCUGUGGCAAAGCUUUUCUUCUCCUACUGAUACCUUGUUGCCCACUCAGAGCAUUACUGCUCCGACAAAGCUGGUAUCUACUAACAGGUUACUUGUUCCUGGCCACUACAGCUUCCAUUUUGAUGAUCAAUACCUGCUUUCACUGUUCAAUGAUGAGAAGGAUAUUUCUUUUAUCUACUGGCCAAAUCCAAGUAGGACUAUCUGGGAAAAGCUUAGAAUACCAUUCAAUAGCACCACAACUGGGGCUCUUGAUAGCUGGGGGCAUUUCCUUGGAAGUGAUAAUGCAACCUUCACAGCUGCUGAUUGGGGUCCAGGGAUCAUGAGGAGGCUAACAUUGGAUUAUGACGGUAACCUCAGAUUAUACAGUCUGAAUAAGGCAGGAGGAACAUGGUCAGUCACAUGGAUGGCAUUUCCACAGCUCUGCAAAGUACGUGGCUUGUGUGGCAGGAAUGGAAUAUGCGUAUAUACGCCUGUGCCUGCCUGCGCGUGUGCCCCUGGUUUUGAAGUCAUCGACCCAAGUGACCGGAGCAAAGGCUGCAGACGAAAGAUCAACAUCAGCUGUGACGCGCAGGAAGUGAAAUUUGCUAAGCUAACCCACACUGAUUUCUCUGGGUAUGAUAUGAGUGUCCAUCGUUUCGUUUCUCUUGACUUUUGCAAGAACAUAUGCUUGAGUGACUGCAAGUGUAAGGGCUUCGCAUACUGGGAAGGACUUGGUGAUUGCUAUCCAAAGUCUGUGCUUCUUGGUGGUGUAACCCUGCAUAGACUUGGUAGUACUGGUACCAUGUACAUCAAGAUUCAUAAGGGAGUAGAAGUGCCCGAGUCCUCAAUUCCCCAGUCACAACCUUUCGGCCCAAAAUAUGGCCCCAACUGCAGGUCAACAAACAAAUACUUCAUAUCAGAUUUCUUGGAUAUGCUUAAGAGUGAUCAGGAUGAAUCGAAGUAUUUGUACUUCUAUGGAUUUUUAUCAGCAGUUUUUCUGGCAGAGGUAAUGUUUAUUGUACUAGGAGGGUUUAUUUUGAGGAGAGAGCGCAGGGAACUGAGAGGAGUAUGGCCAGCUGAGGCUGGAUAUGAAAUGAUCACUAACCAUUUUCGCAGAUACUCCUACAGAGAGUUGGUGACAGCUACUAGAAAGUUUAAGGAUGAGCUUGGAAAGGGAGCAUCAGGCAUCGUAUACAAAGGAGUCCUGAAAGACAAUAGAGCAGUAGCUGUGAAAAAGUUAAAAGACAUAAACUCUGGUGAAGAAGAAUUUCAACAUGAACUGAGUGUGAUUAGCAGGAUUUACCAUAUGAAUCUAGUGAGAGUUUGGGGAUUCUGUUCUGAUGGUCCACACCGGAUAUUGGUAUCAGAAUAUGUUCAGAAUGGUUCAUUGGAUAAAAUCUUAUUUGGUGCUGAAGGUUCAGAAAACUUACUUGAAUGGAAGCAAAGAUUUAAUAUUGCCCUAGGAGUGGCUAGAGGAUUGGCGUAUCUUCAUCAUGAGUGCUUAGAGUGGGUCAUCCACUGCGACGUGAAGCCUGAAAAUAUACUGCUGGAUGAGAACUUGGCGCCAAAGAUCGCUGACUUUGGCCUUGCAAAGCUCCUGAACAGACGUGGAUCCAAUUUAAAUGUUUCACGGAUACAAGGAACUAGAGGCUAUUUAGCGCCUGAAUGGGUUUCCAGUCUCCCGAUAACAACAAAUGUUGAUGUAUACAGCUUCGGAGUGGUGCUUCUGGAACUACUAAAGGGAGCCCGUGUUUCGGACAUGGGAAAUAAUGAGGAUGAGGAUGUGGAGAUGGUCCUCAGAAGGAUGGUCAGGAUGCUCAAAGAGAAGCUGAAGUUGGAUGCCACUGAGCAAUCUUGGUUUGCCGACUUCAUUGAUGCUAGAUUGAAUGGCCAAUUCAACAAGUUGCAAGCAAGAACAUUGAUGAAGUUGGCUGUUUCGUGCCUGGAGGAAGAUAGGGGCAGAAGACCUACCAUGGAAGAUGUGUCGCAGAUGCUGGUUUCAGUUGAUGAAGUCAGUAGCGCAACUGUAAUGGGAGGAGCUGCUUAAAGCCUGCAUAAAUAUGUCUAUAUCUACUACGGCAAUGCAGAUAGUAUAUCGAUACAAAUACAAUCAGCAACAUUUCAGCAAUGUCCAUGCUCUUGUGUUGUAAUUCUGCGCACUAUAGCAGGAAAAAAUCUGCUCCGGCAUUAGCAUAACCUAUGCUCAUGGAUGUGCAGUGUACUUUGUAGAAGCCAUUGUAUUGUUACUCAAAUACAAUCUAACGAUGAAUUAUUUAACCA